AUGACUGUGCUCAACAAUAGAUGGAAAUCAAUUAAAAACAAAUCUCAAAAACAUGAAUCUCAAAAACAUGAAUCAUCUCUAUCGUCAAGUAUAUCUCAUCCGCAAACUUGCUACAUUAGUCGAAGUAUUCAUACUCUCCAUGGAUUGCAUCG